AUGGCCAUUCGGCGAUCACACACUAAAUCCCGCCUAGGCUGUCUCCGAUGCAGAGACAAGCAUCUCAAAUGCGACGAAGUCCGCCCGACCUGUGGGGCCUGUGAGAAAUACAAUCAGCCAUGUAUCUUGAAGCCGACAAAAAAUACCAGAUCUACUAGUACGCAACAUGUCAAUAUCAAUCACGGUCGUUGCACUACCCUCACGGAAACAUCAACAACCCAAAGCUUCCCUGAUUCUUCCAGAGCGGAAUCAUUGAGUGGGGAUUUGCUCAUACCGUCACAAAUCCUUUCCGCUAAUACAUAUCAUCGCGAGCCGCCCAAAUCAGUCCUUACUACUUGGGAAUUUGAUUUAAUUCAUCAUUGGAUCAUCAAUGUUACCGAUACGUUUGCUGUCAGUCAGGCCUUCCAUCGCAGCUGGCAGGAUCAGGGGGUUCGGGAAUCUAUGCGGUACCCGUUCAUACUACACAUGAUUCUCAUGCUGUCGGCACUCCAUCUGGGAAUUACAAAAUCGCCAAAUUUCAGCGAGAAACAUAGUGCCUUCAUAUUAAGCGGAUGCUCAGAUGCGAUGGCAUCGUUUCGAAAAGAAGCUGAGUUUAUCGACGAUUCCAAUUGUCACGCAGUCGGGAAAUUUCCCUUCCUCCUAUCUAUCUACGCUCUUGCACUUCCGCUGCUACAAGCUGGGGACAAAACCGAGGAUACGAUAUUAGAUGAAAUGAUCCAUAUCAUGGUUUUGAUGAAAGGAAACGGCACAAUUCAUGAAACUACCAAAGCCUGGAGAAAAACACGAGAUCUCAAAUCAUGGCUUGAGGACAAAGAUAUUCUCGAUGACGCAGCGCACCUGUCAGAAGAUAAUGAUCUGGACUUCGCUAUCGCAGAGCUGCAACAUUUUAUCGACCUUUCCGAUGAUUCGCUUGCUGUUCGUGGUUCCAACACUAGAGCCCUUCAGUCUCUUCAGCAGAGCCUUGACCUCCGUUUGAAGCGAGGUUUGAGACCACUUGCUUGGCCAAAUGCCGUCGAUCAUGACUACAUGGAUCUUCUCAGGCAGAGGAAUACUGCGUCACUGGCCAUUUUGGCUCAUUAUGCUGUGAUACUAGCGCAAUGUAACUCGCGAUGGUGGUGUUUGGACUGGGGUGUGCAACUGGCCUCAGCUAUAGAGCGACUGAUGCCUGACGAACAUAUCGCUAUAAUUCUCUAUCCCCUUCGAAAGUUACACCUAAGAUGA